UUGGAAGGCAUCCGUCGCACCUGGUCCAAGAUGACGGUGGACUUCGAUGGAAGCCGCGAGGAUUGUCCACUGCUGGCGGAUCUCAGUGAGGUGCUGGAACGUUUGGAGUCCGAUUCUCUGGAGAUGUUGUCCAUGACCUCGCAGGGCCGCUUCAUUGAAUUCUGCAAGCAGACAGUGGACGAGUGGAGUGAAAAGCUGCAGACCGUCGACUCCGUCUUGCAGGUGUGGCAGAAGUUCCAGACCAACUGGUGUCGUUUGGAGCCCAUCUUCAUGCAGAGCGAUGACAUUCGCUCGCAGCUUCCAGAGGAUUCCAAGAGGUUUGAGCUCCUGGACAACAGCUGGAAGGAUUUGAUGAUGGAGGCUUCCAGAUCUUCUUUGAUCGUUGACAUUUGCACGGCCGAUGGCCGCGCCCAGACAUUGGCAGAUAUCACGGAUGCCUUGGACACUUGUGAGAGAUCCUUGAAUGACUAUUUGGAGCAGAAGAAGAAAGCCUUUCCGCGAUUUUACUUCGUGGCCAAUGGAGCUCUGUUGGAUAUCCUGUCCAAUGGCAACAAACCCCUGAAGGUGGCUGAGUACUUGGGCGAUGUCUUUGAUGGCAUUCGUACCCUAGAUUUCUCCCCCGAUCCCAAGCUGGGCCGCAUCGCAUGUGGCCAUAAAGCCAAGGAUGGCGAGUUUGUCGCCUGGCCAUCUGAUCCGGGAAACUUUGUGCUGGAGGGCCCGGUGGAGAUCUACUUGGCCGGACUGGAAGCGCACAUUCGCCUUGCCUUGAGGGAAGUCCUGGAACAGGCUAGAACUUCUGCUGAAAGUUGGGAGGUGGGCGACAGGCCCCGUGAAACCUGGCUGGAUGACUACUGUGCUCAGUUGAGCUUGUUGGCCACGCAGAUCAUUUGGACGGAGGAAACAGCCCGUGCUUUUGAAGACAUGGAAGCCGGCAGCGAAACUGCCAUGCGUGACUACAAAAGGGUCAAUGACGAUCGCAUCGAUAAGCUGAUCCGCCGGGUGCAGGGCGAAUCCGACAAGGAGCUACGCACCAAGGUGAUCACCAUCAUCACCAUCGACGUGCAUUCCCGGGACGUCAUCGAAUCCUUCGUGCUUCAAAAGGUCAAUGAAGCCAACGACUUCAGGUGGGGAUCGCAACUGCGCUUCUAUUGGGCAAUGUAUCCACCAGGCAGCAGCUUGGUGUCGUUCACACCUCCGCAUCAGAAGACUUGCCUCAUCAAGAUCUGCGACUGGGCCACCUGCUAUGCCUACGAAUACAUUGGAAAUGUGGGCAGAUUGGUCAUUACUCCUCUCACCGACCGAUGUUAUAUCACUCUGACGCAGGCAUUGAAUCUAUGCCUUGGAGGAGCUCCUGCCGGGCCGGCAGGCACAGGGAAGACGGAAACCACCAAGGACCUCUCCAGGGCACUGGGUUUGCCCAUCGUGGUGUCUGGAAACCCGGUGAGGUUCAAUUGCUCGGAUCAGAUGACGUACCAAACCACAGCCCAGAUCUUCAUGGGCUUGGCACAGGUCGGUGCCUGGGGAUGUUUCGAUGAGUUCAACCGUAUCUCCAUCGAGGUCUUGUCCGUGGUGAGCACCCAGUACAAGUCGGUCUUGGAUGCCAUUCGCAUCAACAGCAAAACUUUUCUCUUCGUGGAUGAGGAGUUGCGGUUGGUGAAGACAUGUGGUGCAUUUAUCACCAUGAACCCUGGCUAUGCUGGUAGAACCGAGCUGCCCGAAAAUCUGAAGGCGCUGUUUCGCUCCGUGGCCAUGAUCGUUCCGAACCUGAAGUUCAUUUGCGAAAACAUGUUGAUGUCGGAGGGCUUUAUGAUCGCCCGGCUGUUGGCCCACAAGUUUGUAACGCUCUACUCCUUGUCCAAGGCAAAGACGAGCUGGGGCAGUUGGAACUCCAGGGUAGAGUGCAAAGCUAUCAACUUCGAUCCCACCAAGUAUCACCAAGAGCUGCUCAGCAAGCAGAUGCACUACGAUUGGGGUCUUCGAGCCGUGAAGUCUCUGCUGAGACAGGCUGGGUCACUGAAGAACAAAGAACGCGACACGGACGAAAACAUCGUGCUGUGCCGAGCCCUUCGCGAUUUCAACCUGCCUAAGAUCACCACUCAGGACAUGCCGAUCUUCCAGCGUCUGAUCAAAGAUCUUUUCCCAGAGAAAGAACCGGAAGAACCGGAACCUGAGAUCCAAAUCACAGACUUGUCGGAGGAAGAGAAGAAACGGCUGGAUGAAGCGGUGAAGCAGGUGACCAAUGAAACCUUGGACCAGAUCCACAAGGAGCGCAAGUGGAAGGCAGCUGCUGAAGAGUUAAAGCCCAAGUUGAAGGCCCGGAAGUUUUCCACCGAAAAACCCGAGAAGACAGUGCUGUUCAUUAGCGAUGGCAUCCUCAGUUGGCCUGUAGCGGCCAGUGCGGUAAAGGAGGACGUGAUGGCCCUGUACUACGACGCUAAAGAUGGAUGUUCCACGGCACCGAGAUAUCCCAGGAGGCGAAGAAGUUCCUGCGUUGAAGCCCUGACGGCCGAUGCUCGCGUGGACAUUUUGGCCUGUGAAUUGGUCGCGGGCGAGACCGGCAUGAAGGUCUUCAAGGAAUUGGAGGCUGAGAGUGGCAUCAACCUGGCAGCAUCCACGGAUCUCACGGGUAACAAGGCCAGUGGUGGCAACUGGUUGAUGGAGACUGAUGGCGUCAACGUCAAGGACACCUACUUCACCGAGAAGAUCGACGCCUUCAACGAGACCUUGCUGGGCUAUGCCAUGCACCGCAAGAUGCUGAAGAAGGCUGGCCGUGUCAAAUACUGUGUGCAGGCCACACCCUUCAUUGACCUGAAGUUCCGAAAGGUCUGUGAAGACACGGUGAAGGGUCGAGGCCUCCAACCAGAUUCAGGCUUCAUUGACAAAGUGGUCGACUUCUUGGAUAUUCUGAAGGUAAGGCAUUGUUGCUUCAUCAUCGGCCCAACGGGAGCUGGAAAAACCGAGAUUUGGCGUUCCCUGGAGAUGUCGCUGAUCGCCAUUGGGGAGGAUUGUCGAUGGGAACAAGUGAAUCCGAAAGCCAUCACGGCUGAUGAGCUCUACGGAAUCUUCCAAAAGGGCGAAUGGAAAGAUGGCGCGAUUUCCGUGAUCAUGCGGAACAUGAGCAAGGAGAUUGGAGGCUACAAAAGCACCCAUCUGCACAAAUGGGUCGUCUUGGACGGCGACAUCGAUGCGACGUGGAUCGAAUCCAUGAACACCGUCAUGGACGACAACAAGGUCUUGACAUUGGUCAGCAACGAACGCAUUCCCUUCACGCCGACCAUGCGGAUGUUGCUCGAAAUCCAGGACAUGAAGCAUGCGAGUCCCGCCACCGUCUCCCGUGGUGGAGUGCUGUACAUCAAUGAGACCGAUGUUGGCUGGAAGCCCUUCGUGGAAAGCUGGAGAGAACAGAUGGACCCGGUGGCCCAGAGCACCUUUUACAUGCUCUUCACGCACCAGUUUGAGGGCAACAUCGAACAGAUGCGAAAGAAUUUCGCCUUUACCUGUCCCAUCUUGGAUAUUGGCUUUGUGCAGACCGUGACCUGCCUGCUGGAUGCCUUGGUGAUGAUGGAAGCCGGAGGGAAAGAAGAGGGAAGCAAAUCGUCUCAGACCGCCCUGGAGCACUUGCGAAGUCUGAGCACCGAGGACCAGAAGUUGGUUUACGAAUCGUUUUUCACUUUUGCUCUGAUUUGGACCUUGGGUACGGCCGUGGCGGACGACAAAAUCGUGAAUCACCGGAAGGCCUUCAGCUCCUUCCUGAGAUCUAUGGCGCGGGGAGUGAAGCUGCCUGAAACCGGCGAAUGUUUCGAUUACCAGUUUGAGGUCGUCAACAAGGAAUGGGUGCAUUGGGAGAAGUGGGUGAAACCCUACGAACCAGUGACGGAAGUCCUGUACCAAAACAUCGUCAUCAGCAAUAUGGAGCUGGAGAGGAUGAAGCACCUCCUGGAUUUGCACGUGAAGCGUCGGAAACCCUUGUUGUUCGUUGGCGUGGCAGGAACGGCCAAGACGACCAUCGUGAAGGAUUACCUGGCCGAGGUCAAGGUCAAAAGCGACGCGAAUGCCAUGAACAGCGCAUCCAUCAACUUGAACAGUUAUACCACCUCUGGGGCUUUGCAGAACAUCAUCGUCGGAUGUUUGGAGAAGCGCAGUGGGCACACUUACGGUCCACCGGGGCAUCGUCGCUGUGUGCUCUUUGUGGACGACCUCAACAUGCCCUACGUGGACGACUAUGACACGCAGGGUGCCAUCAUGCUCCUCACACAGGUGGAACUAAGAGAUGGCCCAGACGAUGGAGUCUCUAAGAUUCACAGCCUCAGGUUUCCCCACAACAUGUCAUGUGGUGUACUGCCGAUGGAGGUCUUGUCCUACGGCCAAGUUUACGACCGAGAUCGCUUGGAUGAGAAGAAAAACAUCGUUGAUCUUCUCUUCACCGCUUGCAUGAACCCAAAGGCUGAGAGAUGA